GCUGUGUUCCUGUCCCGGCCGGCGGUGCACAUGGCGUAACCGCGCCGCUGCGCGCCUGCCCCGCGGGACGCGGCGUGGACAGACCUGCCGCCAGGCAAUUAGAACUCCAGAAGAUUUGAUUUCAAAGCAACACCACAAAUUUCAAAGAAAAUAAAUCUACAUGAAGAGCCACAAAGCAAGUUGAUUUGAGAAGACACAGCAUUUACAAAAAUGUCGUCAAGUUGUGUGACUUCAGUGUUUGCUUUGAUGGUUUUGUGCUUUGCAGCUGCAGGUCCUGUGCCUCAGAGGGAAUGUGUCUUAUCGCCUGUGAACAAUUCGCACCCGGUCCAUGCCUUAUUGGAAAGCUUUACAGUCUUAUCGGGCUGUGCAAGCCGGGGCACGACGAGCCUGCCCCAAGAGGUGCACGUCCUCAAUCUCAGAAACCCCAAGGAGGGUCUUGGCCAUCAUGAAAGAGAGGUCACAUUACAUUUGAAUCCAAUUUCAUCGGUGCAUAUUCACCAGAAGCCUCUGGUGUUUCUUCUCAACUCUCCUUUGCCUUUGGUCUGGAAGCUAAAAACAGAAAGAUUGGCACCUGGAAUCCGAAGAGUUUUCUUUGUGUCUUUAGGUUCCAUUGUUCAAUUUGAGAAGGGAAACUUCUCCUUGUCAGCAGAAACGGAAGAAAAGUUUUUUCCUGAGAAAAAUGAACACCUGCUACAGUGGGCCCAGAAGGAAUAUGGAGCAGUAACAUCUUUCACUGAACUGAAAAUAUCAAGAAACAUCUAUAUUAAAGUAGGAGAAGAUCAAGUUUUUCCUCCCUCGUGCAACAUAAAAAAGAAUUUUCUCUCUUUAAAUUAUCUUGCGGGAUACCUACAGCCAAAACCAGCAGAGGGGUGCCUUAUGUCUCACUUAGUCCAAGAAAGAGAAGUUCAUAUCAUUGAACUAAGCACUCCCAAUUCCAAUCCUAACAGUGCUCUCCAGGUGGAUAUAAUCGUUGACAUUAAACCAUCUCAACCAGGCGCCAGACUUGUCAGAGAUGUCGUACUUAUCCUCAAGUGUAGAAAGUCUGUCAAUUGGGUUAUCAAGUCUCAUGAUGUCCAGGGAAAGCUGGAAGUGAUUACAUCAAAUAGUAUUGGUUUUGGAAAAGAAACAGAACGAUCCAUGACUAUGAGUAAAUCAGUAAUACCUGACCUUCCCUCAUCACAUGAGAGCUUGAUCAAGUGGGCUUAUGAGCAUAAUUACAGUCCAGUUAUUUCCUACACAAAAGCACCUGUUGCUAACAGAUUUCAUCUGCAACUUGAAGAUACUGAAGAGAUGAAUGAUGAAGAAGACCAUUCCCUUCCUCCAGAGCUGACAGAGUUACUGGGUGCUAACCCACUGCCAGCUCCAAAGAACACCGAUGGCCUGACUUUUCCAUUUCACAUUAACAGAGGAAGACAUGACACAGUGGGAGAAGAAAUCUUCCCCUCCAGGCAUUCAGUAGAUACAUUAAUAAAUCAUGACUUUGGGCAUUCCCUCUCAAAACAUAAAGAACCUGAAGAAGUUCAGGGCAGUGCUGAUAUGGCCCUGUCAAUAAAGUGUGAUGACAAAGUUAUGACAGUGGCUGUAGAAAAAGAUUCUCUACAGGCUGGCGGCUACGCCCGCACGGAGCUCUCGCUGCUGGACCACUCCUGCAAAGCCAGGAUGAACGGCACCCACUUCAUCCUGGAGUCCUCACUCAACAAGUGUGGCACUCGGACAGCAUACAUCUUGAACAAGAUUGUUUAUUUUAACUCUAUUGUCAUUCAGCUGUCAGCACCAGCUGAAGGCAGCGGCUUUGAAGAUGACGACCUGGAAUCGGGUGAUAAUGGAUUUCCAGGGGAUGCUGAUGAGGGAGAGGUGGCUUUCUCAAGCUGGCCUGAAAUAGCGUUUAAUUGCACACUGCACCAGCCAGAAGAUGACAGAGGCGUUUUCUGGCCUCCUGAACCACACAUUACCAAUGUGACCUUCAACAUGGAACUGUACAAAACAGACUUGUUCCUUGCUCCUUCCCAAGGACUCUUCUCUGUUGCUGAGAAUGGGCCAGUAUAUGUAGAGGUGUCUGUGACUAAAGCUGACAGAUCCUUGGGCUUUGCUAUUCAAACGUGCUUUGUUUCCCCGUUUUCAAAUCCAGAUAGAAUGUCUGACUAUACCAUUAUAGAAAACAUUUGUCCUAAAGAUGAAUCUGUUAAAUUCUACAAUAUUGAGAAUUUUCCAAUACCACAUGCACAGAAGGACAGAAAAAGAUUUAGUUUCGUGUUCAAACCAGUGUUCAACAUCUCACUGCUUUUUCUUCACUGCGAGUUGACUUUGUGUACAAAUAAAGACAAAGAUACUCAAGGACUGCCAAAGUGCAUUCCUCCUGAUGAAGCUUGCACCUCUCUCAAUGUGGAUAUGAUCUUGGCCAUGAUGCACAACAAGAAAACCUUCACCAAGCCCCUUGUUGUAAUAAUACAGGAAGGAAAACAAGAAGAUCCUUCCCUUCCAAAGCCAAACAUGAGACAGCCACCCGUGCUGUACGGGCUGGACACGCUGACCGUGGUGGGCAUCGCCUUCGCGGCGUUCGUCAUCGGAGCCCUGCUGACCGGAGCGCUCUGGUUCAUCUACUCACGCACAGGGGAAGCAGCGGGAAGACAGCAGGUCCCCACGUCGCCGCCAGGCUCGGAGAACAGCAGCGCAGCGCACAGCAUCGGCAGCACACAGAGCACGCCCUGCUCCAGCAGCAGCGCCGCCUAACCCGGGACGCGGCUGGGGAGCAGCACAGCACUCGGGGACAGCGGACAGCAGCUUGUCGACGUUAAAAGGAUCGGUUUGGUUGCUUCUGAAAAAAUGAGAAGGGGUUUUUCUACGG